CCAAAGAAGAAACCUGAAAACGAAAAACCCAUUACGUUUUGUUUUUUUAUCCUCGUGCCCGAUCUUAUCUUUGGUUUGAUCUUGAUCGGAAUUCUUCUCUUAACCUCUUUUCAGAUUCUUGAAUUGGGGUUUUCCCAACAAAAGAUCCAUUUUUUGGUUGCAAUGAAGGGAAUGAAGGAAAGAUUGGCGAAGAAAAUCAAACUCAUCACCAUUGUUACGACCUUGAAGCAAGGCCUAGCUCUUCAUAAGAAUAACAUUGAUCGCACAAUCCAUCAUCUAAGAGACGAAAUAGUCGAUGAAUCUGGUCAAAGCAGAGGUUGUGUUACACCAACGCUACUAGAGCUUGAGGAUGUGGCUGUGGAUGUGUCAGAACAAGAAGAGAAUCUUGAAGAGGAAAGAGGGAUUCUUUUGGAAUUUGAAGAGAAUUGCCCACCUGGAGGAGAAGACUCGGUCGUAUUCUACACGACGGGUUUGCGAGGAGUGAGGAAAACGUUCGAAGCCUGUAGAAGAGUAAGAUUCUUGUUGGAGAAUCACAAGGUGAUGUAUAGAGAGAGAGAUGUUUCGAUGGAUUCAGAGUUUAGAGAAGAGAUGUGGAGGUUGCUUGGGGGUAAAGUUACAUCUCCGAGGCUGUUCAUUAGAGGUAGGUACAUUGGAGGAGCUGAUGAAGUUGUGGCAUUGAACGAGAACGGGAAGCUCAAGAAGCUUCUUGAAGGGAUCUCACUGGUUGAAUCGCCUUGUGAAUGUUGCGAGAACGAAAGGUUUUUGAUAUGUUCUAGUUGUAAUGGAAGCUCAAGAUUGAUUGCAGAUCAUCGUGACGAAGAGUCUAGUAAUGAUAAGAUGUGGACGAGAUGCAGAGAAUGUAAUGAGAAUGGGCUUGUCAAAUGUCCUCUUUGUAGUUGAAGUUAUAGUAACUUUUGGGUUUUA